CUCCCUAAGACCCCACGCUUUGUACAGAUAGAUCUUUCGCCUCCUCUCCGAUUACCUUCGCCGCUCUCUCUCUCUCUCCCCCCAUUGAAGAAAUUCUUGCGAAUAGUUUUUACUUCUACAUUUGGAGAUUGUGUUCAUAGUCUCGAGUUUCUCUCCCGAAGCUGUUCGUCUCCUCAGAUCGUUAUCCGCGUCGGUGUUUGAUUUUUUUCUUUAUCUCGUAUUCACUGUGAUUUUGCAGCGUCUGACUUCUCACGAAGAUCGAUCUCGGGAAAGAGCAAUUGAAUUCUCUGAACCUCCUUAAAUCUUAGGAACGCGGGGAUAAGUGCAGCUGAAUCGAGAUGGAAGAAGAAAAUGCUGUUGAGAUUUUGCAAAGAUAUCGCCGGGAUCGGCGGAAACUCUUGGAUUUUAUUAUGUCCGGUAGCUUGAUUAAGAAAGUUGUAAUGCCUCCUGGGGCUGUGACACUGGACGAUGUGGAUUUGGAUCAAGUUAGUGUCGAUUAUGUCCUUAAUUGUGCUAAGAAAGGUGGAAUGCUUGAACUUUCUGAUGCAAUUCGGGAUUAUCAUGAUAAGAUUGGAUUGCCUCAAAUGAAUAGCUUGGCUUCUGCUGAUGAAUUCUUUUUGGUUACAAAUCCUGAAUCUUCUGGUUCACCUCCAAAAAGGCCGCCACCACCUCUUCCUGUAUUAACUUCCUUAUCUUCUCCCAUCAUUACAAAUCCGGAGUUUUGUGAAUCACCAAACUUGCCACCUGUAACGAGAUCAGAAUCUAUUGAAUCGCCCCAAGCUCAAGAGCUGACUGUGGAUGACAUUGAGGAUUUUGAGGAUGAUGAUGACAUUGAGGAAGUUAAUAACAUCAGGAUCUCAAGACGAACUGCAAAUGAUGCUGCAGACUUUGUGCUGAAACUGCCCUCGUUUGCUACUGGUAUCACAGAUGAUGAUCUUCGUGAAACCGCGUAUGAAAUCCUUUUGGCAUGUGCUGGUGCCUCAGGGGGUCUCAUUGUGCCAUCAAAAGAGAAAAAGAAAGAAAAGAAGUCUAGUCUGAUUAAGAAGCUUGGCCGCAGUAGAAGUGGGAGCGUUUCUCAGUCACAGAGUUCAUCAGGAUUGACUGGUUUACUGGAAACAAUGAGGGGUCAAAUGGAGAUUUCUGAGGCUAUGGACAUUAGGACAAGACAUGGGUUGCUUAACGCUCUUGCAGGAAAAGUUGGGAAACGAAUGGACAGCCUCUUGGUUCCUUUGGAAUUGUUAUGCUGCAUUUCUCGUACAGAGUUUUCUGACAAGAAAGCAUACAUACGCUGGCAGAAAAGGCAGUUAAACAUGUUGGCAGAGGGGCUCAUUAAUCAUCCUGCUGUUGGAUUUGGAGAAUCAGGUCGCAAGGCUAGUGACCUUAAGAAUCUUCUGGUAAAGAUUGAAGAAUCCGAGUCCCUUCCAUCUUCAGCCGGGGAAGUCCAGAGGGCAGAAUGUUUGAAAUCUCUUAGAGAGGUUGCUACUUCACUUGCUGAGAGACCUGCUCGUGGCGAUUUAACGGGUGAAGUGUGCCACUGGGCUGAUGGUUAUCAUCUGAAUGUUAGACUGUAUGAGAAAUUGCUACUCAGUGUCUUUCACAUGUUAGAUGAAGGGAAGCUGGCAGAGGAAGUUGAAGAAAUUCUUGAGCUUUUAAAGUCAACAUGGCGUGUUCUAGGAAUUACAGAGACUAUUCAUUAUACCUGCUACGCAUGGGUAUUGUGUCGCCAGUAUGUUAUCACUAGUGAGCGAGGAAUUUUACGACAUGCUAUCGAGCAGCUGAUGAAGAUUCCUCUAAAAGAACAACGUGGCCCGCAAGAGAGGUUACACUUGAAGAGUUUGCAGUGUAGGGUUGAAAACGAGGAUAUCUCCUUCCUGGAGUCUUUCUUGUCACCUAUUAGAAAAUGGGUUGAUAAGCAGCUGGGAGACUAUCAUCUGCAUUUUGCUGAGGGUUCUCUUAUCAUGGAGGAUACAGUGACUGUUGCAAUGAUAACUUGGAGGCUUUUGUUGGAGGAAUCUGAUGGAGCGGUGCAAUCUACUUCCUCAGAUCGUGAUCAAAUUGAGUCAUAUAUCACAUCAUCCAUCAAGAAUGCAUUCUCAAGGGUGUCACUUGCCAUUGAUAGAUCAGACAGAAUUAAUGAGCAUCCUUUAGCAUUGCUUGCUGAAGAGACAAAGAAACUUCUGAAAAGAGAUUCUACUGUCUUCGUGCCAAUUUUAUCUCAGAGGCAUCCACUGGCAACUGCUUUUUCUGCAUCACUUGUUCACAGGCUUUAUGGGAACAAGUUGAAACCGUUCCUUGAUGGUGCUGAACAUUUGACUGAGGAUGCUGUGUCUGUGUUUCCUGCGGCCGAUAGCCUUGAGCAGUAUAUACUGGAGUUAAUGACGUCAGUUUGUGGAGAAGAUACUAAUGGGCCUUACUUCAGAAAAUUAAUCCCAUAUGAGGUUGAAUCUCUCUCUGGCACACUGGUUUUGAGAUGGAUCAACUCGCAGCUGGGAAGAAUCUUAAGUUGGGUGGAACGGGCUAUUCAACAAGAGCAUUGGGACCCGAUAUCGCCCCAACAACGGCAUGGGAGCUCAAUUGUUGAAGUUUUAAGGAUAGUAGAAGAGACUGUUGAUCAAUUUUUUGCUCUGAAAGUUCCAAUGAGAUCUAUUGAACUGAGUGCUUUAUUCCGCGGCAUUGAUAAUGCAUUUCAAGUGUACUCUAACCAUGUCAUUGAGAAGCUAGCAAGCAAGGAUGAUUUGGUUCCACCUGCGCCUGUCCUUACUCGUUACAAAAAGGAGGCUGCUAUAAAAGCUUUUGUUAAAAAGGAACUCUUUGACGCAAAACAGCCCGAGGAGAGAAGGUCGAUUAACAUUGACGUUCCAUCAACCGCAGUUCUCUGCGUCCAGCUCAACACUUUGCAUUAUGCAGUUAGUCAACUGAGCAAAUUAGAAGACAGCAUAUGGGAGCGCUGGCUAGUGAAAAGGCCCCGCGAAAAAAUUGUCAUUAGGAAAUCUUUGGUUGAGAAAUCCAAAAGUUUUAACCAAAAGGAAUCUUUUGAGGGGAGUAGAAAAGAUAUCAAUGCAGCUAUCGAUCGGAUUUGUGAGUUUACCGGAACUAAGAUUAUCUUUUGGGAUUUGAGGGAGCCAUUCAUUGAAAAUUUGUACAAGCCUAGUGUUUCUCAAUCUAGAUUGGAAGGAUUGAUCGAAUCACUCGACACUGAACUUGGUCAGCUAUGUAGUGUCAUUAUGGAACCACUGAGGGAUCGGAUUGUCACCAGUCUGCUUCAAGCAUCACUUGACGGAUUGCUCCGUGUACUACUAGAUGGAGGUCCAGCUCGUGUAUUUCACCCGAGCGAUUCGAAAAUGUUAGAAGAAGAUCUGGAGGUCUUAAAGGAAUUCUUUAUUUCGGGUGGAGACGGGCUUCCACGAGGAGUGGUAGAAAACCAAGUAGCUCGUGUUCGUCAUGUUGUAAAGCUUCAAGGUUACGAGACACGAGAGAUUAUAGAUGACUUGAGGACGAGGAGCAGUAUGGAGAUGCAACAAGGAGGAAAAGGGAAGCUGGGGGUGGAGACUCACACGCUGGUGCGAAUACUCUGCCACAGAAACGAUUCAGAGGCGUCUCAUUUCCUCAAGAAACAGUACAAAAUACCUACCUCUCACUAGCCUUGGUAUGAACGAUCAUCCUCCCUCCCUUUUGCUCAAUCUUUCUCGUAUAUUUCGUUUUCGAUUUCUGUUUUGCUUGAUUUGAUACCAUUUGUACAUUUGAAUUUCAUAUUGAUAAGCAUAGUUGUACUUUCAGAA